AUAUGGAUGGUCGGCAUCGGCAGCACGAUUUUCUAUCCUAAGAUAAAGCAAUAAUCACGAAACUCCCCCGACUCUUGAUCACCCUCGAAUUUAAUUUAUUAACUAAUUAUGUCGGAUUAUUUCAAAUCAGCUUUUGGUUAUCUGAACGGCAAUGGCAGUACUAAUGAAUACGUGGGACAAGUGGUGGAGAUCAACAAUGUGAAAUUACGAGUUAACAGAUUAAUUGCUGAGGGUGGCUGGGCACUCGUAUACGCCGUCGAGGACAUAGCCACAGGCAAGGAGUACGCACUGAAGAGACUGAUGGCAGUGGACGAGGAAGCGAACAAAACGAUAAUCCAGGAAAUCGAGACCCUGAAGAGGCUCUCAGGUCACUCAAACAUAAUCCAGUACCUCUGCGCCCAGCGAUUGGAUCGAGAAGACAAGAAGUCAUGUGAAUACCUCCUGGUAACCGAGCUGUGUCCUGGAGGGACGUUGGCCGACGUCCUGAGGUCCCUCACAACGCCCCCGUCUCUCCCCCAGAUCUGCAAAAUAGCUUACCAAGCAACGAGAGCAGUGCACCACAUGCACAGUCAGCAGCCCCAGCCCAUAGUCCACUGGGACAUAAAGCUCGAGAAUUUUCUCCUCUCCGAGGAUGGGAUAAUAAAGCUCUGUGACUUUGGAAGUGCUUCCACGCAGCAGAUCCUCCCAGACCCCUCCUGGAGUGCCCAGAGACGUUCGACCCUCGAGGAUCAGAUGUCCAGGUACACAACCCCCAUGUACAGAUCCCCAGAGAUGAUGGACACGUGGAACAACGAGCCAAUAGGUCCCCCUGCUGACUGCUGGGCCCUGGGAUGCAUUCUGUACUCGUUGGUGACGCUGAGGCACCCCUUCCCAGAGGGAAAUAAACUCGCCAUUGUCAACGCCAAGUACUCGUCACCCCCGCCCAACCCUCGACUGUCCUGUCUUUAUGAUCUGAUCAGAGGGUGCCUGGAGGCAUCGCCCAUCAAACGAAUGACAACGUCGAUCUUAUUGGAGCGGUUAGCAGCUAUUGCUGAGUCAAAUAACUUUGAUCCUAGGGAAUCGGCGAAGAUCGAGGCACCUCCUCCCAGGCCUCAACCCCCCAGACCCAGCAAUCCUCCUGCACAAAAUCCAACUCCACCGCCUAGGCCAUCUCCACCGGUUGCACAACAGCAAAUGCCAGCCCCACCACCUCGACCCUCACCGAUUUAUCCGGCGAAAGCUCCGCAGGUCCAGGCUGGCUCUGGACUCUUCAGCUCUCUUCGUGGUGGUGCUGGCAGCAUCCUGAAGAACCUGAAGGACACCUCCAGCAAGGUAAUGCACACAGUCCAGCAGAGUAUGGCUCGUAACGAGCUAGACGCGAGUUACCUGACAUCAAGAAUCCUGGUGAUGCCGUACCCGGCGGAUGGAAUCGAGUCAGCAUAUCGAGCGAACCACGUGGAGGACGUCAGGGCCUAUCUUCAGAGUAGACACCCACCUCCAGCGAAGAUCCAGCUGUACAAUUUAUCCCGAGGACGACCGAACGUCACGAGACUCCCUGGAAAGCACAUCGACUGCAAUUUCGCUUAUGCCACACCUGAUGCCAAUGCUCCACUGCUAUCAGCUCUCUACCAGAUCUGCCAGGACAUCUACAGAUACCUCGACGCAGACUUUAAUCACAUUGUUGUUCUCUACUGCUCAGACGGCUGCAGAGCAAGUGCAACUGUUGCCUGCGCUUUAUUAUUGUACUCUGGGGUGCUAUCAACACCUGAAGAAGCUGUUAAUCUGUUCACCACGAGGAGGUGUCAGCCCCCAAUACUCCAGCCCUCGGAGCUCAAGACGAUUAAUUACAUGAGUAUAUUGCACUCUGGGGUGCAUCCACACACAAGGCCUUUAGCACUUAGAUCUAUCAUUCUUCAGCCUGUUCCAUUGUUCACGAGGGCUAGGGAUGGCUGCAGACCCUAUGCUGAGAUUUACAGCAAUGGAGCUCUGGUUUACUCCACGAAACGGGCUGAGUACGAGGAGAUGAAACUUUUUGACAUGAUGGAGGGAAAGGCGUGCUUAAUCCUUGGUGAUGCCACUGUUAGGGGAGACGUUACCAUCGUUGUUUUUCAUGCCAGACAACAGCUGGGGAGGGUCAUUGGGAUUAAAAUUGCUGCGCUACAUUUUCAUACUGGGUAUGUGCCUGUGAAUGAAUCCACUUUGGAGUUUGAGAGGAAAGACUUGGAUGAUGCAGCCGAGAUUGGGGGACAAUUCAGGAUAAUUCUGAACGUAAUGAUCGGUGAAGAGAGCACGAAGACCUCAAGAAUCCCAGCCCCCUGGGAGGUGGAAGCCUCUCGCGAGGAAAACUUGGCCCCAGACCCGCUCUUCGGUUCGACCCUCGAGAUGGAAGAGACCCUGGAGAACUUCCGAACAGUUUCCCACCCCAAAAGAGCCCCAGAGAGGCCUCCCCCACCGGCCGCCCCGGCCCCAGUGCCUGAGGAGCCCCUCAAUACUCCAGACCCAGAUCCCCCAGAGGAAGAGGAAGAGCUCGUUCAGAAGCCAGUAGUCGACUUCGAAGAGGCUGAUCUCCUCAACCUGGGGGCGUCCACCGAGGCUGCCAACAGCGUGAACCCAGUUCCCCCGAAUCCAGGUCUGGACAUAUUCUCAGGUGGUCAAGCAGAGAGUGACAUCUUCGGGGGAUUUGCAUCGUUUCCACAGCCAGAGGAACAAAUUCCCAACGACAACAAGGACAACCUGCUGUUCGGUAAUCAGAGCUCUGGCAAUGAUCUCUUAUUCGGACAGAACAAAACCCAGAAGUCAUCGCCAGGUGAUUUUCUCUUCGAUCCACUGGGCUCCACAGGUGCCAAUGAUCUCAUGGGUAGCUGGGGUGGGACUAAGGGCACAACACUGAAGACACCUGGUGAGGAAAUGCCACGCAACUCCAGUGUUCCCAAUUUCUCAGCCCAGAGCAAAGAUCCAUUCGCUAAUUUAGCUGGAUCACUCGGUGCUGGACUGAAUUCAAGUUGGAAUGGCACACCACGCGACUCAAAUACUCCACAAUCGUCUAGUCCUGCUGCGGCUGGAACUCCAGUACACUCUAGUCCACGUAUGCACAAUAAAACAAAUUCCAGUAAUGAGGGGAAUAGUGAAUCUGUUUUUAAUAAUAGUAAGCCAGCCAAGAGUGGCGAUGCUUUUGAGGAUUUGCUGGGGAGUCAGGGGUACAAUUUCUUCAGCUCGAGAAAGGCUGACAAGGACAGCCCCAAGACUAUCAAUCAGAUGAGGAAGGUCGAGCAGGCGAAGACUAUGGAUCCUGACAGGAUGAAGGUCAAUGAGUGGACUGAGGGCAAGAAGGGGAAUCUGAGGGCACUUCUGUGCUCUCUGCACACUGUACUUUGGCCCGAGGCUGACAGGUGGCAGAGGUAUGAGAUGCAUCAGCUCGUCUCUCCUGCUGAUGUCAAGAAGGCGUAUAGGAAGGCUUGUCUCGCUGUGCAUCCUGAUAAGCAAACUGGUACUGCCAAUGAGAACAUGGCAAAGCUCAUCUUCAUGGAACUGAAUAACGCAUGGAGUGCAUUCGAGAGUGAUGCGUCCCAGCAGAAUCUUUUUAGUUAAUUCUAGCAAAAAGUAAAUAAAUAAUUGAAUAAUUAAUUGAGUUUCGCUGCUAUUUCACUGUUCCUCGAAUUAAAAAAAAAUAAAGAGAGAAACUUAAUUUCACUGGCUCAUACCGUGAUAGUACUAUUCUGUUUAAUCUAAGACGUAAGGGAAAGGGAGGAGAUAAAAAGCCUCGAAGCAAAUAUAAAACUUUAUUGCAUUCCAGGCAAACUAUUAGCCGUUAGUCGUACUGUCUGAAUCCCUCUAAUCAGGCAUAUUUUAUUGACAGAACUAUUACGCAAGUGUUUCAACGCCGACGUCUCGAAAUGAAACUUUGAUUUCCCCUUUGAAAAGUCAAAAUAAAGAGAUUAUUAAAAUGAAGACAUUAAAAUGCCGAGACCCUCCACACCUCCAACCGACAAAUUACCAUGUACAAGUUAUGAAUGUAUAUACAGCAAAGAUGUAAAUGAAAAUAGCUCCCAAAUAUAAACAUUAUUUUCUGGUUGAUCCACAGAUCAAA